CCUCGUCGACUACGGUCGAACAAGCUGAAAAUCGGAAGGAAAAUGUCUCCCUCCUUAGAUGGAAAAAGGAUCUCUAUAAAGUGCCACACAAAUAAAGAUAGAAUAUCUAUGUGUUUGUGUUAGUAUUUGUGUAUAGUUUCAUUGUGUUUAGUGCUGCACAAGUGAAUAUACAAGAGCCACUCUUAUCAUAGAGGAAUACAACAACAGAAAAAAACGCAAUAUCCAACCUCUCGGAUCUCGGUGCUCAGGUUCACCUUUGAAUAUUGGAAUCUUUUUCAACAACCGGGUUCAUUGCAUGAAGUUGAUUGUACUGUGCGAUGGUGCAUUGUAUCCUUUAUAUCCUUUGUAUCUGCAGUAAUAGCAGCACACUGCAUGUGAUGCGAUUUAUUGCAUUCGGAAAUGCAAAAGUGCAUGCGAGAUAGUAAAAGUAAAGUGAAAGAGGGUGAUUUUAUUUUUAGGCCAAACUAAUUAAAGUGAAAUUUUUACUACAAAAAAAAAUACACCUACCGCAUAGAUAGCAAGUUUGUGUAUCUUUAAGAUACUUUCAGUGUUUUGAGGGUUGUUGAUGUGAAUAAAUCCUAAAUUUAAAAUACCUCCCUCAUAGGAAGUUUCUUGAUUAAAAUUGAAUACGAGUAAUAAAAACCAAAGUAAAGAAAAUAUCUCAAAAAGAAAUAAGGAGAAAAGAUAAUUCAUAAAAUUGAAUUCGGAUCUCAUCACGUCCUGUGUCCUGUGUGUGACAAGUGUUUCCCGUGUCGAUCUUCAUUUUUAUCUUUAAGUAAUUGAUUUCGGAUACCUUCCUCCAGCACCAAAUAUCAUCAUAUAUCGAAUCUGGAUUAUGUACCUCAGACACUGUCGAAGUUGUAAUCAAAAUACAAAAUAAGGAAAAAACAAACAAUCCCCCAGCGUCAAAUUUGCAAUCUUCAUAUCAAACUCAGGAUAUGUUUAUCUAAAGCCAUGAAUUCACACACCAACCCUUCGGUCAUGUUUCGUUCGUUCUCUUCGGAAAGUCAAAAGAAGGAAUGGAGCAAGCGUCUGUCGCUAAGGGGCACUCGCCACUCCCAGAAAGAUGAGAAGAAAACAACAUCUGGAAAGUUUUCCGGUCGAUCUUCCUCACUCAAACAGCCUCGGUCUGUUCAACCAGCACUCGAGCUACAAGUACCCACCAUCCCUCAACCGCAAAUUCAAUUGCCAACAACUACUCAACCCACCACACCGAAGAAAUCCAAUUGGGAAGUUAUCGAACAUUUUAACCCCUCGAAGGGAGGCAAAUCGUCUGUUAGUAGCAGUCUUAUAGCGGUAGGUGUGACGAGAUGCAAUAUUGAUGAGUCCUUGGAUUCGACCAACUCGGGUUCAACGUGUACAAGUCCAAUGCUAUGCCAGCGAGACGAGGCUGCACAGCUACUGCAACAGCACCAGGGAUCCGAAAUGGACGCUAAAAACCUUGAAGCCAACACCAAUGCUGGAAGUCCCACCAUCUCUUUUUGGUUUCGGUUAAAUAAACUCGUAAUACGAAUGUGCAGUACCCACCAAUUCAAAAACUUACAGGUGGAAAUGCUUUACCAACGUUAUUUCCUGCGAAUGAAUCAAAGCAACACCACACACACUCUUGGUCUCCUUCUAGCUCUGAUCCUUGCCCUUAUUGCAGUUCAUAUAGUUUUGGCAACUUUGAAUAUCCAUUACAAAAACUUUUCACAAACUUUUUCACCAUUCAAUUCAAUGGACGGCGCUAGCGGUGGCAUCGGCGGAAGCGGUAGUGAAUCUAAUUUCACAUUCAACAAAUCUUCACCAUCAUUUUCAUCGUAUAGAGCGGGCAUCAGUGUGAAUGAUGAAAGUUAUGGCGGUGCGGGAGGUUCUGAAAGGUCUUCAACAAAUUUUCCAAUUAGCAUAGAAUCCUGGAAACGUGAACGACGGAAGGAUGGAGACAACUUAGUGUCAUCUUCGGCCAGAUUGAUGCGAAGGUCGUUGCCGGAGACAAUAACGGACAAUGGAGGAGUUUCACACUUUCGAGAGAAACGGAAAUUCCGAAAGUAUCGAUAUAAAACUACUUCAAGAUUCAAGCGUCAGAUAAGUACUUGGAUAGAAGUGGCCAACGGUCAGCAGCACGGGUACAAUGACAAUGAGAACGACUUGAGGGUUUUGUACCUGAACAAUGAAAUCGAAUUGAAUUUGGCAGUGGACGAUGCGAUAUCUACAAAGAACCACUCUGAGUUGUUGCCCAACAACGACGACAACGCCAACGAAAGUACCAUGGAGCAACUUUCCACCAUAAUGUCAACAAUUCCAUUAACGGAUCAAGUUAUUGCCCUGCUAGUGGUUUUGGCCAUCUGUGGUGUUGUCUAUAUUGGUCUCCUGUGUAUCCUCUCGAAGCCGGCUAUGAACGAGAUUUUCCUCGUCCUUGUAUCCUAUGUAAUUGUGGCCACUUUCCUUGCCAUUGAGGUAGCUGUGGGUUAUGCAACAGUGCCAAGGAGGUCCUUUAACGGCAGCGCUUGUUGUUUGAUAUUCAUCUACAUGACCUAUACAAUGCUUCCUGUUCGGCUGAGGGAAGCGUUUAUUGGCGGGGUGCUUCUAUCGCUGGCGCAUAUUUAUUCAUCGUUUCGAAAUAGCGAAAGGUUUCUAUGGCAAGAGCUAUUGUGUUCGAUAUUAGCGUUACUGUGCACCAAUUUAGCGGGAGUUUUUACCCAUUGGCCCAAGGAGAAAGCUCAAAGGAAGGCAUUCAUUGAGACACGUCAAUGCAUUGAAGCGCGUCUAAGGACACAAAGGGAAAAUCAACAACAGGAACGUCUUCUACUAUCGGUGUUGCCACGUCAUGUUGCAAUGGAAAUGAAAGAUGAUAUAGCAGGCCAGCCCCGGGACACACAAUUUCACAAAAUCUAUAUACAACGACACGAGAAUGUAAGCAUCCUAUUUGCUGAUAUCUGUGGUUUCACAAGUCUCUCCGAUCAAUGUACAGCAGAGGAGCUGGUACGACUUCUAAAUGAAUUAUUUGCCAGGUUUGAUCGAUUGGCAGCAGAACAUCAUUGCUUAAGGAUAAAACUUUUGGGUGACUGCUAUUAUUGUGUUUCAGGAUUACCAGAACCAAGACCAGACCACGCACAUUGUGCUGUCGAAAUGGGACUGGACAUGAUUGAUGCUAUUGCAUUGGUACGAGAAGUAAUGGCUGUCAAUGUGAACAUGCGGGUUGGCAUUCACACCGGACGUGUACAUUGUGGAGUGCUGGGCCUUGUUAAAUGGCAAUUCGAUGUAUGGUCAAAUGAUGUGACAUUGGCUAACUACAUGGAGAGUGGAGGCAUCCCUGGCCGAGUUCACAUCACAAAGGAGACCCUUAAAUGCUUAGACGGUGACUAUGAAGUUGAAGAGGGCAAAGGCGGUGAACGUAACUCAUACUUAAAGGACCAUGAAAUAGAAACAUAUUUAAUCGUACCUGGAGAUACUUAUAGGCCAAAUAAGAAAUCUCGAAAUAAACUUCAGGUUAAUGGAAACAUAUCGAAGGAGCUGCGGAUGAUGGGCCAUGCCACACAGAAAAAUGCCUCAAAAUUUGGUUUCACAGACGGUUCUGAGAUGACUAAGGACCCAGAGGACGAAGUGAAUGAGUACCUUAUGCGAGCUAUUGAUGCUCGUAGCAUAGAUCAUCUGAGAUCAGAGCACUGUAAGUCAGUGCUGUUAUCCUUUAAGAAAUCUUCCUUAGAAAGAAAGUAUUCCUCCGAGCCGGAUCGAAUGCUGAGCUUGUAUUUCUAUUGCAGUUUUAUUGUCCUGAUAGGGACGACAACUAUCCGUCUUGUAGUUUUUAAGCAAAAUUAUUUAACUUAUCUAUCAACCGGUGCUGCUAUUAUCCUAUUGCUAUUUGUAGUUCUUUUAGUCGCUUCUUAUGAUCUCAAUGUGAAAGCUUUAAGCUCAAUGAGAGGGUUUUCAGAGAAAAUCCAUAGUAAUCGAGUGCUGUCACAGUGUUUUGGAUUUUUCACUGUGAGUCUGAUUGGAUUCCUUACGGGAUUGUCAAUUAUGUUCGAAGACUUAAGUGACACGUCUUCUUCAUCAGAAGUAAAGAACUCCUCCAUCUCCAUUGGACCAGCAGCAGCAUCAGCAACAUCUGAUGGUGUCAUUAUUGGAAGCAGUGGUGAUGGUUACGUCGUCGGCGAUGGGACGGAAGGGGCGAACGAAGUCAUGCUCUGUGAUCACUACCUAGUCAUUAAUACCUUUCUACUUCUAACUCUGUUAUCAACGAUGACAUGUGCCAUUUACCAAGUGCUCCGGCUUUUGCUUAAAAUCAUUCUCCUGCUUUCGGCGGGCCUCUUCUAUAUUGGCUAUUCAAUGUGUUACUAUUCGAAACGGGGGAUUCACAUUUCAUUAGAGAACGAGGAAACAUUAUUUCGAUACAUAAUUGAUCUAAUUUUUCUAUUGACGUUCGUUAUGGCCCUCAUAUUCCAUAGCCAUCAAACGGAAGCUACGUACAGGUUGGAUUUUAUCUGGAAGCUGCAAGCCACCGAGGAAAAAGAGGACAUGGAGCACUUACAGGCGUACAAUAGAAAACUCCUGGAGAAUAUCCUUCCCGUGCAUGUGGCUGAGCACUUUUUGAGCAGGGAUAAAAAUAUCGACGAUCUGUACCACGAACAAUGUGAUAGCGUGUGUAUCCUGUUUGCUUCAAUACCCAACUUUUCAGAGUUCUACGUUGAACUUGAGUCAAACAAUGAAGGAGUUGAGUGCUUAAGACUGUUAAAUGAAAUUAUAGCUGAUUUUGAUGAGUUGCUAAGUGACGAAAGAUUUCGGUACAUUGAGAAGAUUAAAAGCACUGGAGCCACAUACAUGGCAGCAUCCGGCCUUACCGCUAACACAUGCGACAUGGAGAACUUUCUUCACGUCACUGCCAUGGCAGACUAUGCGCUGCUGCUGUUUGAUAAAAUCGACGAUUUAAAUAAACAUUCAUUCAAUAAUUUCCGAAUGCGAAUAGGUAUCAAUAUUGGUCCAGUGGUUGCGGGGGUAAUUGGUGCUAGGAAACCACAAUACGAUAUUUGGGGAAAUGCUGUUAAUGUCGCCUCCCGCAUGGAUUCAACUGGUCUAAUUGAUCACAUUCAGGUCACCCAAGAAACAUUCAACAUAUUAGAACACCGAGGCUAUCUGCUUACGUGUCGUGGCAAUGUCAACGUCAAAGGCAAAGGAACAAUGGUUACAUAUUUCCUCAAGGGCAAGCAACCACCAUCGCUUGCAAGUCCCCAAACCACAAUCGAACCAAAUGCAAACAUUCUACCAAACCAAAAUAGUGGCAACUCUGAAGAUAUAUCAGCUGACGAAGUUGACAUGAAUUCCAACAUGAGUAAUCUCACAUCACAAAGACGCAAAUCAUUGUGCCGUCAGCAUAAUAUUUCAUCGUCCUUCGGAACAACCACAUAUAGUGCCGGAAUCACUCCAAGUCAAUCGAAUAGUUCAAGUAUGACAGCCUUCGGCAGUCAACAUGUGUCCAUUGUGAAAAAUCUUCCUUCAGCUGGUGCAGGAAGUGGGACUGGAACUGGGGGUGGUGGUGGUAGUGUUACUGGUACUGGUACUGCAGCUGGUACUCCUUCUGCAACAACGACAGUAACUGGUAUUGUUAGCGGUGGUGGUGGUGGUGGAAGUUCUGGUGGUGGUGAUGCUACACCCGACUCCUUGACCAACAAACAAACAUUUGUCCCCAAGACCAAAAUCACCGAACUAAAAUACGACCUUAUGAUGGGCGAGAAGGCAGCUCUCAAGGACUCCAUCGAGAAUUUACAGAUUCUACUGAAAAACAACAUAAGCCUUUCCGAUCUGAGCAAUAAACAACAAAUAAGCCUACGGCAAGCCGAAUCUACCAAGAAUCUUCUCAAAAAGGAGACAGUUUUGAAUUUCAAGUCCGAACGGGUAAUUCAAUUUACAACCUACACAACCAAAUCGAUAACAUCAACAAUCACAUCAACAACAACAAUGGAACAUCAUCAUCGUCGCAACACCAGCACCAGCAGCAGUCACAGCCACAAGAGUUUCGAAAACGAGGACAUCCAUGACAUCAUGAAUAAGGACAAAGACGACUCCUCACCACAUGACCAUCAUGAAUGGACCAAACUAUUAAAAUUGGACACACAAAGGAGCCCCAUCAAGAAUUCACAGUCGAUGUGUCCGAUAGGUUUGUCCACGCAAGCAUAUGUCAUACCCAAUAGUCGUAGUUUGACGUUGAUAAACAGCAAGGGAAGUGCUAAUUAUGUUCUUCUUGAUGUAACCAAUACAAUGGAUUAGAUUACAGGAUCAAUUGGAAUAUAACAUAAAAGCAGGAGUUAAUGCUGUAGUUCGAGCGAUGAAAAAUGUAAAUGGUAAUUUUGUAUCUUUUAUUGUUUUGAAAAAGGGAAGUGGGGGGAGGAAAAAACAUUAUACAGGUCUUUACAAUAUCCGGGUCCUUGUAAACUAUCCUACAUUUAUUUUAACAUGUCAUUUUAAUCUUGUUUAAGCUUCAGUUGAUUUCUUUGUUGACCUUUUAAUCUUUAAACAUAAAGAACUUAAAUGUAUUAAAAGAUACUAAAUUAUUCGUUUUGUUUUCGUUUUUAAUGAAUAGUUGAGAAGAAAACCAAUCGACCACUUUAAAGUUGAUGAAACUCAUAUCAUAAUUAUAUUUUAAAUAUUCCUUUGAAGAAUAUUUUUGGACAGUAUCGGCAGGAACGUUUCUUUAUUGUCAAACAAUAUUUCAAAUACUAAGCUAUUAGUUUAAAAAAUAUAACAAAAACAAAAUCAUUUCAUAAUUGAUUUUUCAAACUUAAGUUGGAUUAUUAAAUUAUGAUAAAUUUCUUUUUUAUUGAACUUGAAAUUCAUUCUAAAGUGGUGGCAUUCACGACACAAAAUAACAAAGCAAAUUAACUUAAGCAAAAAUGUCCACAAACAAACCCUUCCCCAACAUUAAUUAACUGCUCGAACCCUAAAUUUCGCAGUUUUAUUAUUGCUUUACUUUAAAAUCAUAGCCUCCAGAAAAUCACUCAAGUAUCUUCUGUCAAAAUAAAUAAAGUGUUUAGUUAGUAAAAUAAAAAGUGUGCAUACGCCAGAGUGUACUUUUUAAAAUUUGUUUGCAUAAAUUGGUUUUAAAAAUACUUUUCGAUAUUAUUUUCUUCAAAACACCCAAGUGAGCCAAAAUAUAGUAUUAGUGUUUGUUUUCCUGCUGUCUUAUCCAUUUAAAGCCUGUAAAAAUAUUGCAACUUGUAAUUAUAGUCCAAGGGGCCAGGAAUUCUGAAAGUAUUAUUCUUCAUUUAGGUUAUAGUUUGUAAUAUGAAUAUUUUGUUUUAUCUUGAAACUUAUUUCAUUUCAUAAUGUACACAUUUUAAUUCAGGAAUUAGAGAUUUUCUUAAAAACUCAUGAUUAUCAGGGUAAAUACUAUUAUUCUUUUCGAAACGUUUAGUUUAUCAAAUUUAUGUUUGUUUUAUUUUGUAUUUUUAAUUCGAAUGAAAACAAAAUUCUUUUAUUAAGAAGAAAAGUAAGAAAAGAUAUAAAUAAUAUAAUUCUAAAAAAAAAAAAACAAUUCUAAAAACUUAAUUUCAAAUUUCUCCUUCACGUGUAAAAUGUAUACAUAUUCACUUUAUUAUACUAUUCAUCCGUCUUCGUGUACAAAACUAAAAUAAAAAAGCAUAGUAAGUAUGUCUGUUAUUAAUCUGUGAUUGCUGCGAUCAAUUCAAUUUCAAAUAUAUCAAACAAAAAUAAUUAAAAACACUAAAACUAUUCUAGUAGUUUCGAUGUACAAUUGAAAAAAAAAGAAACAAAAAAAUGUUAAAUUCUAAUCAGUGUGUGUAAAAAACAAAACAGCUCAAGCUUAUGAUAUCUUUAUAAAAAUAAAUCUCUAUAAAAUGAAACAAAGUUAUUAAGAAAAAAAAGUAUUAUCUAAAAAUGUUGGUCAGAAAAGAAAUUAUAUUUUAAAAAAGAAAAACCAUUUAUUUUGUACCAAAAUGGUUUUAGAUUUGUCAUACAUAUACCAAAGAAUCUUUAGACAAAACAUAAAAUUUAUAUAUAUCUUUAAAUGAAAAAUCUAUAUACACAAAAAAAAUAAUUUUAAAAUGAUGUAGUUAAAUAAAUUAAAGAAUUAAAUUUGUUGAACAUUAAAAAUAUAAUAUUAAAAAUAUAAAUC